AUGGCGACUCCUGAUACUUCAAACGAUAUAUCUGCAUCAAACAAUGGUGUAGAUGCCAUGGAAUCCAACUACGACGAGGUCGUUGAUUCUUUCGAGGCCCUCAAGUUGAAUGAAGACCUCUUGCGUGGAAUCUAUUCCUACGGUUUUGAAAGGCCCUCCGCAAUUCAGCAACGUGGAAUCAAACCAAUCAUCGAGAAUCAUGACACCAUCGGGCAAGCCCAGUCAGGAACCGGAAAGACCGCUACCUUCAGUAUUGCCGCGCUACAGCUAAUCGACUACAGUCUAGUUGCUUGUCAAGUUCUCAUCCUUGCACCAACCCGAGAACUCGCUCAGCAGAUUCAAAAGGUCGUACUCGCGCUUGGUGACUACCUCAAAGUACAGUGCCAUGCUUGCGUUGGAGGCACAAUCGUCAGGGACGAUGUACAUAAACUCAAGGCCGGUGUCCACAUGGUCGUGGGUACACCUGGACGUGUAUUUGAUAUGAUCGAGAAAAAGGCUCUCUUGACCAACAAAAUCAAGCUUUUUAUCCUGGACGAAGCAGAUGAAAUGCUGUCACGUGGAUUUAAGGGGCAAAUCCACGAGGUUUUCCGGAAAAUGCCUCCGGAUGUGCAGGUUGCGCUCUUUAGUGCCACUAUGCCAAACGAAAUUCUCGAGCUCACAACCAAAUUCAUGAGGUCGCCAAAGCGCAUCCUCGUCAAGAAAGAUGAAUUGACCCUUGAAGGUAUUAAACAGUUCUACGUCAUGAUUGACAAGGAAGAGUACAAGUUCGACACGCUGUGUGACCUUUACGAGUCUGUCACGAUCACACAGGCCAUUAUCUACUGCAACACACGAAGGAAAGUGGAUAUGCUGACCAGCAAGAUGCAGGAGCGUGACUUCACCGUGUCCAGCAUGCACGGAGAUAUGAGUCAGAACGAGCGUGAUCUCAUUAUGAGGGAGUUUAGAUCGGGAUCCACGCGUGUGCUCAUCACGACCGACCUUUUGGCCAGGGGUAUCGAUGUGCAGCAGGUCUCUCUUGUCAUUAAUUACGAUCUUCCAAUGUCACCAGACAAUUACAUCCACAGAAUUGGGCGUUCAGGACGUUUCGGACGUAAGGGUGUAGCCAUCAACUUCCUUAUUCCAGUGGACAUGGAGUGCAUGAAGAACAUUGAGAACUACUACAACACUCAAAUCGAAGAAAUGCCUGCAGAGGUAAGAUUAGUUCCCUAA